GUGUGUGUGUGUGCGUGUGUGUGUCCUCCUCUCUCCUGCCCUCACUCGGCGUGCCUGUUUGAAGGCCCCGCGCGGUUCCUGCUCCUGCUCAGAAGCGGUCCACCUUGAUUCUGCCCGUAGCAGGUGAACCUGGUGUGGUGCGCGCACUGCGGGUCCUGAUUGGCUGUGCACGCCACGGUGAAAAACUUGAACGUCUACUCCGAGUCCUGCAGCUCCUAGUGUCUCCUCUGGGUGGACGCCUAGGCGCACGGCCGUUACUUCUCUUUCACCUGUGGAUUCGUCAGUUUCUCGUUCGUUUCAGGAGGCGAUCCCGCGCCCUGGGUGCGGUGAGGCCGCUGGGACCGCGGAGGUGCCUCCCGACGCGAAGCAGCGAGCUGAGGCGGCGGCCAGCGGGGAAGAUGAGCGGCAGCAGCGCCAGGUCCAGCCACCUGUCUCAGCCCGUCGUGAAGAGCGUGCUUGUGUACCGCAACGGGGACCCCUUCUACGCGGGGCGCCGCGUCGUCAUCCAUGAGAAGAAGGUGUCCAGCUUCGAAGUCUUCCUGAAGGAGGUGACCGGCGGCGUUCAGGCACCCUUUGGGGCCGUCAGGAACAUCUACACCCCGCGGACUGGCCACCGAAUCCGGAAGCUAGACCAGAUCCAGAGCGGGGGCAAUUACGUGGCUGGAGGCCAGGAAGCCUUCAAGAAACUCAAUUACUUGGACAUAGGAGAAAUCAAGAAAAGACCAGUGGAAGUUGUUAAUACAGAGGUAAAACCAGUAAUCCAUAGCAGGAUCAAUGUGUCAGCUCGCUUUAGAAAACCGCUUCAGGAGCCGUGCACUAUCUUCUUGAUUGCAAAUGGAGACCUCAUAAACCCAGCUUCUCGCCUCCUUAUCCCCAGAAAAACCUUGAAUCAGUGGGAUCAUGUACUACAAAUGGUCACGGAAAAAAUCACUCUGAGGAGUGGGGCUGUUCACAGGCUCUAUACUUUAGAAGGAAAACUUGUUGAGAGUGGAGCAGAGUUGGAGAAUGGGCAGUUUUAUGUGGCUGUUGGCAGAGAUAAGUUUAAGAAACUGCCUUACAGUGAGUUACUUUUUGACAAGUCAACGAUGAGAAGGCCUUUUGGUCAGAAAGCUUCUUCACUACCUCCUAUUGUAGGAUCCAGAAAGUCUAAAGGGAGUGGAAAUGAUCGCCACUCUAAGUCAACAGUUGGAUCCAGUGACAACUCAUCUCCUCAGCCCCUGAAGAGGAAAGGGAAAAAAGAAGACGUGAAUUCAGAAAAACUGACGAAAGUGAAACAAAAUGUAACAUUAAAGAGUUCACAAGAAACCAUUCCAAACAGUGAUGAAGGCAUUUUCAAAGCUGGAGCAGAGAGGUCUGAAACACGGGGGGCAGCAGAAGUUCAAGAAGAUGAAGAUACUCAGGUUGAGGUUCCAGUCGAUCAGAGGCCAGCAGAAAUAGUAGACGAGGAAGAAGAUGGAGAGAAGGCAAACAAGGAUGCAGAACAGAAAGAAGACUUUUCAGGAAUGAAUGGUGACCUUGAAGAGGAAGGAGGUAGGGAGGCUACAGAUGCCCCUGAGCAAGUCGAGGAGAUUCUGGAUCACAGUGAGCAGCAGGCAGGCCCUGCUCGUGUAAAUGGAGGCACCGAUGAGGAGAAUGGUGAGGAGCUGGAGCAGGUUAAUAAUGAGCUUCAACUGGUCCUAGACAAGGAAAGAAAGUCUCAAGGAGCUGGCAGUGGACAAGAUGAGGCUGAUGUAGACCCUCAAAGACCACCAAGGCCAGAAGUAAAAAUUACUAGUCCAGAAGAAAAUGAAAACAACCAACAAAACAAGGACUAUGCUGCUGUGGCUUAGAAGAUUUUUAAAAGAGAGUAUAUGGAUCGCAAGAAAAAUGAAGGGUUAUAAUACUUGAAAGAUAAGCACGUAGUUAUUGCUGAAUAUAAUGUGACACUAUGGUCAAAUGCUACCUACUGAAUUUUAACAUUAGAAGCCUAGUGGAAAGACAAGAUAACUUUAAAUGGCUACUAAAGGAUAAUUACUUACUUUUAUUGCAUGUGUUUUAAAAAGUCAUAUAGAAAUAUUAAAUAAGACGGACAGAGGAGAAUUUGCACUGGAAGACAAUUGCCACUUGUAUUUGUCAAGGAUGAAAAAUAGGAUCACUCUUAUUGUACGCUUUAUUAUAAGUUUAGAAGGCAGUUUAUUCUAAAGAAUUUUUCCUAGGAAGGCGUAGAAUUUUAAAGAACUGGUAAUAGGAAAGCAUGUACUAUUUUCUUAAAGCAAUAAACUCUUGAAUGAACA